AGAUUUUCAAUUGAUGUAAUGUAGUGAGAGACCUUUACAGAGGAGAUGGUGGCUCUUUCACUUCGACUUUUAUUGGAUACUGUGAAUCUGCAUUCUUCAAAGCAAGAUGCGAAUUAUUGUUUUUAGUCGUUGUUUGGUUGAAAUGUUGAUGUUUUAUUCUUAAUAUCCGCAUUUUUGAUACGUUGGUGGUGUUUUUUGAUGUAGAAAUUGAGAUGUAGGAGUUCACAUCCUUGCCUGGCUGCUCUGGUGUUUGACGUAAAAUAGCAAGAGCGGACAGUAUCAGUACCCAUGGAGACUGCGAGUGCCCUGAUCUCCAAUGCAGUGUUGCUGUUGCAUAGAGACUAGAGAAAAACUGUGAAUUUCAAGGAUUACACAACUCUCCAGAGCCACAUCAGGAAGACAUGGGGUGGGCCACUGGCAUCAAAGGAGCCUCAAAUCAUUUCAUGGCAAACUCUGAAGUGCAGAGCUGUUUUUGAUUUACGUGAAUAUAGAGCUGGACAACAUCUGGCUGUAUGAUGCAUUUUACUUCCCCAUAGAUUUUGUUGUAAGCACCAGGAGCAGAGCAGCCAUUACCCUUCAGUGCAUCAUCUGAAUGGAAAUAUGGACACCUUCAAUGGAGGAAUUUUAACUCAACAUGUCCAGGAACUAUGAGCCUGGUCACUCAGUAGGGAUGUUGGCUGCUGUGGAACAUGGUCCCAUCCUCUGCAGCGACUCCAACAUCCUCUGCCUCUCGUGGAAAGGCAGGGUCCCCAAAAGUGAAAAGGACAAGCCGGUGUGCCGGAGGCGGUACUAUGAGGAGGGCUGGCUCGCCACGGGGAACGGAAGAGGAGUUGUUGGGGUGACGUUUACAUCGAGUCACUGCAGGAGGGACAGAAGCACACCUCAGAGAAUCAAUUUCAACCUGCGAGGACACAACAGUGAGGUUGUCUUGGUCCGUUGGAAUGAACCCUUUCAGAAGCUCGCAACCUGUGAUAUGGAAGGAGGUAUUUUUGUCUGGAUCCAGUAUGAAGGAAGAUGGUCUGUAGAGCUGGUGAACGACAGAGGAGCCCAGGUGAGUGACUUCACUUGGUCACAUGACGGCACUCAAGCCCUCAUCGCGUACCGGGAUGGCUUUGUGUUGGUUGGCUCGGUCAGCGGACAGAGACACUGGUCCUCAGAGAUUAACCUGGAGAGUCAAAUCACCUGUGGCAUCUGGACGCCUGAUGAUCAGCAGGUCUUGUUUGGCACCGCAGAUGGUCAGGUGAUAGUGAUGGACUGUCACGGACGAAUGCUCGCCCAUGUUCUGUUACAUGAGUCUGACGGGAUCGUGAGCAUGUCCUGGAACUGCCCCGAUUUCCUGGUGGAGGACAGCACGGAGAGCGACACGGACUCCGAUGACAAUAUUCUGCCGUUAGUGCGGAGAGUCAAGCCUCUGUUGACAGUCACCUUCUUAUCAGGAGACAUCAGUUUAAUGAACAACUACGACGACCUCUCUCCUGCCGUUAUUCGCUCAGGGCUAAAAGAUGUUGAGGCCCAGUGGUGCUCCCAGGGAGACCUCCUGGCUGUGGCCGGCAUGGAGAGACACGGGCUUCCUGUCGACUCUGCCUGCUCGUCCAUCAUGAGGAACGCACUGGUGAAGUUCUACAAUGUCCAAGGAGAGCACAUCUACACUUUGGAAACACCUGCACAGAGACCCAUCACCACCAUCUGUUGGGGUCACAGAGACUCUCGUCUGUUCCUUGCAUGCGGUCCAGCACUGUAUGUGGUGCGUGUGGAGCACAGGGUGGCCAGCCUCCAACUUUUAUGCCAGCAGGGUAUCGCCAGCGCCCUGCGGGAGGAGAAAGAUGUGGGGAAGCUGAACAUGCCGUCACUGCUCUGCUCUUACGUCACCACUGCUUUUAUACCCACCAUCAAGCCUCCAAUCCCUGACCCCAACAACAUCCGUGACUUUGUCAGCUAUCCCACAGCUGGGAAUGAGCGGCUCCACUGCACCAUGAAGCGGGCAGAGGACAGCCCCGAGACGGGCGGACCCUGCUACACUCUCUACUUAGAAUAUUUAGGAGGGCUGGUGCCCAUUCUCAAAGGAAGGCGCAUCAGUAAACUCCGGCCCGAGUUUGUCAUUAUGGAUCCAAAAAUGGACAGCAAAGCAGAGGAGGUGUGUGUGAAUCCCAUGAUUUCAUACACCGACAGCUGUAACUGCUCUGACUCCAGUGACAUUGAGCUCAGCGAUGAGUGGGUCGGGAAGAAGUCACCAAAGUUAUCCCGAGGAAACAGGAUGAACUUGGAAUCGAGAAAAUCUCCCAAACUUUCACGUGCCAAUCAGGAAGGCCAACGGUCGCCCCGUUUACCAACAAAGAAACCUCCAAUUCGGUCCCCCAGUCUGACUCGUCGAGAGUUUUGUAUGGAUGGGAUCACAGAGCAUAACUACCUUGCUCAAGUCACAUCCAACAUUUGGGGGACAAAAUUCAAAAUUGUUGGACUUGCUUCUUUUCUCCCUGCCAAUCUCGGUGCAGUCAUCUAUAAGACAAGUUUGCUUCAUCUGCAACCGAGACAGAUGACAAUCUACCUUCCAGAAGUGCGAAAGAUUUCUCAUGACUUCAUGAGCCUGCCUGUGUUCAACCCCAAUGUGUUCAGUGAGGAUGAGGAUGACUUACCAGUGAUGGGACCAUCUGGAGUGGCAGGAGAAAAUCCUCCGUGCACAGUCAACAUUCCCAUUGCUCCCAUUCACAGCCCGGCUCAGGCCAUGUCCCCAACUCAGAGUAUCGGCCUGGUUCAGUCUCUUCUGGCCAAUCAGAAUAUUCAGCUUGAUGUCCUGACCAACCCAACAGCCAAUGCAGCAGCUGCAGCUGCAGCGGCAGCAGCUUCUGUCCCUGUUACUGAUCAUGGGCAGGAUGCAGUUCCAUCACCGUAUCCAGUACCAACUAGAUACACAAACCCUGGUCAAGUGAUCUUCAAUGGGCUGGAGAUGGGCCCUCUUCUUCCUGGUACCCUUCCUCCGCCACCUCCACCUCACCACCUCCCGCCGCAGCCUCACCCGCAGCGGUCUCACUCACAGCAACCUCGCCAACUGCCGUCCAAACAGUCGCAACAAAUGCAGACGCAGCAGCAGAAAAUGCAUCAUCAUCAACAACAGCAACAGCAGCAACAGCAACACCACCACCAGACUCAAUCGCAGCAGCAGCAACAGCAGCAAUUGCAGCAGCAACAGCAGCAGUUACAGCAGCAGCAUCAGCAGUUACAGCAGCAGCAGCUACAGCAGCAACAUCAACAGCUGCAGCAGCAGCAGCAACAGCUGCAGCAACUGCAGACGCUCCAUCAACAGCAGCAGCAACAACAUCAACACCAGGUUCAGCAGCACCAACAAAUGCAACAGGAUCCGGCGCACCAACACCUUCAGCACCAACAGCACAUUCAGCAGCAGCAGCAGCAGAUGCAGCUGCAGCACGAACAGAUGCAGCAACAGCAGCAGCAGAUGCAGCAGCAGCAGCAGCAGAUCCGGCAGCAGAUCCAGGAGAUGAGGCAGCAGCAGCAGCAGCUCCAGCAGCAGCACCAGCAGAUCCAGCAGCAGCAUCAACAGAUGCAGAGGCAGCACCAACAGAUGCAGCAGCAGCUGAAGAUGCAGAUGACGCUGCCCCCUCCUCCAUCUGGCUAUCCAACCAUUUCAUUACACCAGAUUCAUCUCCUGCCUCCUCCUCCUACCACUGAGCCUGGGUUCAGCAGGGAGCACGGACACACUCUGAAACCAAGCCUCCCACGGACUUUACCUCCCUUCACUGACAUGGACGGAGCUGUGGAGAUUCAGAUGAGGAAGGUGAAUCCUCCUCCUCCAUACCCGGGCACCGUGGUGUCUGCAGCGACAGCCACAGCCGUCGCUACUCCUCAAACUCUUGUCACAAACUGUGACAGCCCAAGUGUCUUGGCGCCAGACCCCUGCCUGAAGAAGGAUGAAUUUUUGCUUCACCCUGUCACUUUACAGUACCCAACACCUCUGGGGUAUGAAAGGAUCACGACCUUUGACAGCAGCGGCAACGUGGAGGAGGUUUGUCGGCCACGCAGGCGCCUCGUUCGCAACCAAAAUGCGUAUGCUGUCCACGGCAUCGGAGGCUCGGCCACGCUCAAAGUCACCUCCUCUGAGAAUAAAAAAAUCCAGCUUCCCUACAGCUCAGCAACACUCAGUCGUCUCUCUGUCCCGCGCUACUCAAUACCAAGCGGAGACCCUCCUCCUUACCCUGAUCCAGCCAAUCAAGUGACUGCUACACUCCCUCCUCCCCAGAGAAUUGAUAGCAGUCUGAUUCAUGCCACUCUGCGCCGUGACCGCAGGGAUGUGGGACUUAAAGUGCCACAGAUGAUGGAAAGCUCAAGAACCCUCCCCACCAAGGCCAAAAUGAACAGUGCACUAGCACUUACCUACCAGCAGAGGGUACCCACUGCAUUGUACACAUGCACACAGUGCAGCAGCAACAGCAGCAGCACCAGUGUCAGUGUCAGUGGUGGUGGAACUACAAGUAGUGGCAUUGCAGGGGGCACGGUGGUGAGGCAGGACUUCCCACCUGGGAAAGGAGCACAUCACAGUACGAUUAUCGUGCACUCCAAAAGCACCACACCCAUGGCCUCUCAGUCGUCCUACAGUCUGCUGAGUGCUGUUGAUAACAGCAGGGACAGAACGGUGUACGUUAACUCUGCCUUUACUGAAGAUGAGACUUUAAAUCAGCAGUGUCACCUUGAAAAAUCUGUACGUCAGCUGACGCUCGGCGAUGUCAGUUUGACAGUUAAACGCCCUCCGCCUUACCAGUGGGACACCUCCACCACAGAGGAGUUCUGGCUCACUCCAGAACAGACAAUGUUAGGCCCUCCACCAGGACCUCACAAACCUCCUCCACUCAUCAUCAGUCAAGCUCAGCACUUGGACAUGACCCGGCUGCCGUUUGUCCUCACAACUAAACCUCCAACCAGUCAGACCACGAGCACUCUUACUUUCCCGUCAGGUUAUCAGAUAUCUCUCUCGCCUUUUCCUCCAGGUGUGGGUCACAGUGGUCCUCCACUUCAGACCUUACAGAACCCUCCACCUCAGUGCUCUCCAAAUGAAGUGGUUGGUUCUGUCCCUUUUGCUCAGCAGGAUCCCAACUUGGUCUUGCCGCCAGGUUAUCCUCCUAGUCUUGCUAACUUAGCCUGCUGUCCUCUCCCUCCGAUGUAUCCAGGAGCCAGCUCAUGUGCCGGACUACAGCUGCACCCUCUCAACCUUCACCCAUGGAACCCUUACCCCUGCCCACCUCCCAUGCAAGACCCUCCAGCUCCUCCCCUCCCGACUAAAACUCAUCAGAUUUUAGAGAAGCCGAUUCUCUCCCCACCUCCUCCUACUGGGCCACCCCCACCGCCCCCUCUCCCUCCUCCUCCUCCACCUACUGAGCUACCACCAUCCAAAAGUGCCACAGAGGAUCUAGCAGAGUCCGCUAACAACUUUCCAGAGCCAUCAUCCCUCAAUGAAAGCCCUGUGCCACAGGAGUCCGAGCGCUUCAACAGGAAGAGCCGCAAACGACUGGACAGCAGAGCCGAGGACGCCAACAUGACCACCGUCUCCGAGGGCAAAUCUAGAAAGGAAGGACGUGCGCUCUCUGACUUUAACACUCUUAUUUCCAGCCCGAGGCUUGGCAGCAGGGAGAAGAAGAAGCCCAAGGGGCCGAGAGAGCAACUCAAUAAAACCAAGAAGAUGAGCAGGACCACAAAUGAGUUCCAGGACAGCUCAGAGAGCGAGCCGGAGCUGUUUAUCAGCGGCGAUGAGCUCAUGAACCAGAACCAGAGUAGUAAGAAGAGCUGGAAGAACAAGCGCAGCAUGCGUAUGGCGAGCGAGCUGGAGGAGAUAAAGUGUCGCAAAGCAAAUGAAAGAGAGGACCGCAGUCUGGGAAGCCAAGGAUUCGUCUAUGUUAUGGCCAAUAAACAACCGUUGUGGAAUGAAGCCACCCAGGUCUACCAGCUUGAUUUUGGAGGACGAGUCACGCAGGAGUCAGCAAAGAAUUUUCAAAUUGAGUUGGAUGGCAGACAGGUGAUGCAGUUUGGGCGAAUUGACGGGAAUGGCUACAUCUUGGAUUUCCAGUAUCCUUUCUCAGCAGUGCAGGCAUUUGCUGUUGCCUUGGCCAACGUGACUCAGAGGCUUAAGUGAACAAAAGGGUUUUGUGUUGUUGUACACUAGUUCAAAAGAAGCCACAAUGGUCUAGCACCCCAAAGUGUGGGGCUAAAGCUGGGAAAUGUCAGUGUUGUGGUGGUUCUUUUAAAUAUAGAAGUGGAUCUUGCACAUGCAGACAAUCAGUCUGUUGAAGGCAGUGUCAGGCGAGGUCAGUGGUCAUGGAGACUACACCUGUUACUCCAUCAUUUCUAGUCCAUAUGUUGAAUGUACUCAAGCUAAUUUUAUUUAUUACUGAGGUGUUAUUUAGUGAAGUAAAAAAAAUGUUUCCUGGAUAAACAAAAGGUUAGCUUACUUACAUGUUGGAGUGGAUUUUAAAAGGAGUGUGGAGGUGCCAAAGACAUCUUCCCUUCUUAAACAGAUGGCUUAUUCAAUGUACUUUAAAUUAGUAAUAAAUAUUUUAUUUAUGUUUGUGAUGUUAAUAAAAUAUAUACACUGCAAAUACCUACAUUGUUAGGUACGAUGGCAUUCAAUAUUGCAAAUACAUUUUCAUGAAGUCAUACCAUAUCUGAUAUUAAAAAACAACAACACUGCACUAUUUUAAGUCUGUUUUAAGUAUUUAAGUAAAUAAAUUGUGCGGUUUUGUCAUGACUAUCAACCUGAUUAUUAUUGGGAUUUUCCAAUUGUUUAUUUGUAUCUAUUCUUCAUUCAAAUCCCAUUUGCUUGAGGCAAUGAUUUGAUUUUUAUUCUGUUAAAUAUCCUCUACAUUAUGUUCAAAUUGCUGAACAUGCAAUCAAAUAAUAUAUUGAUUCUGCAACUGCAACAUGACUAGUUGACCACAGUUUAUCAUAGUAUGUAUAUUUUCUAUUCAUGAUACUUCUAUGAAGUGGGGCAAUGAACAUAGUUAAUCUUUUGGCCACAAUACUGCAAAUCAUUAUUCAGUCAGAGACGUUAUGAUCUGACAAUGUAUUUUUCAUUUGUAAAUUUACAUGUUCCGUUUCAUUUCUCCCCUCUAAAAUUGUGUAAAGAUCAACAAUAUGUUUAUGUGCCAAAAUAGUUCAAUGAAAGUAAGUUAGCAGGGGAGAUGUUUGAAAAUGGCCCUAUCCCUAUAAACGAAAAUGUGCAUAAACACAGAGAUCCUCUCGGAGAAUCUCAAACUUGGUUGGCUCUGUGUCGUUUUCAUUGGGUGUUUAUGAUGCUGCUACAUCAGUAGUUUGCCUUGUUGGAAAUCAGUGCUGCUUUAGAUAGAUAGAGCUUGUGUGCAAUAGCGCUACUUACAUAGAACUGAUGUUGUACUUGCAAAAAGAAAAUACAAAGCUGCUUGCACUGUGUAUUUAGUAAAUGACUUGAUUAUAUGCUUAGAAAAAAUGUGCUUAUAUGUUGCUAAUUUCAGUAAUUUUGUACUUCACCUUUGCUUUAUUAACAUGGUACAGAGAGUUUUUUUGAUGUUACACUUGUAGAAAAAAGAACGAGAACUUGCAAAGGUAUAAAAUACAACAUAUCCAUAAGUUGUGAAGAUUAACUGUUAGUAGGAGUGAGAUUCAUGUAGAUUUGGUGCUAAUGUAAAAAGAAACACGUGGAAAUAUCAAGACAUUUUUCAUUUGCUCAAAGAAGGUUAUUUUAAAGUAUAUGAAGGAAGUACUUUAAGAGAGGCUACAGAGAGUUUUAAUUUAUGACCUUUCAUUUAAUGCAGCUUCAGAGACUUCAGCGACAGUGUGCGUCAGUUAUCAGCAAUACUGCCUAAUGAAUAGUUGGUUGCCUGAUUUUUUUUUCUCUUAUUUUGUGAAGGAAACAAAUAUGAUGUGACCAUAGGUUUUUACAUGGACCUAUAGGCUGGCCAAAAUGUAAUAAAAAAAAACAUUGUUCCAAA